GCGUGGCGUCCACUUUACUGAGCGUGAAUUCUCUGGAUUGAGGUUCCCAGAACACCUGCUGUCCAGCCCAUAUUCCUGCUUGCUGUCCCUGACCACAGCCAUCAUGCCCCGGGGACAAAAGAGUAAGCUUCGUGCUCGUGAGAAGCGCCGCCAAGCCAAAGAUGAGACCCAGGGUCUCAAGAAUGCUCAGGCCACUGAGGAAAAAGGGGCCCCCUCCUGCUCCUCUUCUGUUUCUGAAGAUGCUGUCCCCAGCACCUCUGCUACUGCCUUUUCCCAGAAGCCUACCACCACUGCUGCUGCAGGUGUUUCACGCAAGAAGUCUGGUAAAGGUGCCAAGAGCCGGGGGGAGGGAAGUGCCAGUACCUCUAAGAUCCCACCCUCCACUGAGAGCACCCAGAGAGAUCUUCUCACCAAGAAGGCAGGGAUGCUGAUGCAGUACCUGCUGUACAAGUAUAAAAUGAAAGAGCCCAUUAUGAAGGGAGAGAUGCUGAAGAUUGUCAACAAAAGGUUCAAGGAGCAGUUUCCAGAGAUCCUCAAGAAAGCCUCUGAGCGUGUCGAUCUGGUCUUUGGACUUGAGCUGAAGGAAGUCAAGCCUGGUGGUAACUCCUAUACCCUUGUCAGCAAGCUAGAUGUCUCCAACAAUGGAAGUCUGACUAGCUUGGACUUUCCCAAGAAUGGGCUUCUGAUGCCUCUCCUAGGUGUGAUCUUCUUAAAUGGCAACGCUGCCUCUGAGGAGGAGAUCUGGGAAUUCCUGAAUAUUUUGGGGAUCUAUGAAGGGAAGAAGCACAUAAUCUUUGGGGAGCCCCGAAAGCUUAUCACCCAAGAUCUGGUGCAGGAGCAGUACCUGGAGUACCGGCAGGUGCCUGGUAGUGAUCCUCCACACUAUCAAUUCCUAUGGGGCCCCCGAUCUCUUGCUGAAACUAGCAAGAUGAAAGUCCUAGAGUUUUUGGCCAAGGUCAAUGAUACUGUCCCCAGUGCCUUCCCAUCCCAUUAUGAAGAGGCCUUGAGAGAUGAGGAAGCGAGAUCCCAACCCAGAGCUGCAACCAGGCACGGUGCUGCUGCCAACGUCCAUACAUGUUCUAGGGUCACACCUGGCAGUUCCUCCUGCCCUUAGUGAGAUCAGAAGCAGAUUCUACAUUGUUUUCAGAGAGCUUCCUACCAUAUAAUACCAGGAGGCUGGCAUGGUCCUAGAGAGAUCAUAAUGUCUCUAUUCAUUAUACAUUAAUAUCUUUCAAGUAUUUUUCUUUUAAUAGAAUAUUUAUUUAAAUUUAGAUUCAUUGGUUAUAAAUGAUAUAGAUCACAUAUUUAUUGAUGUUGUAAGUUUUAAGUGCAAGAAUUUUGGUAUUUUCAAAUAGAUUUUUAAAACCCUUAAAUCUUUUUUGGGGUUAGUGAACAAAAUAAAACACCUUCAGAAUGGCAAUUUUCCUGGAAAUGUGUGAAAAACUCAUGAAAUGUAAUUGGGGUCUUAAAACAGAUGAAAACAAAGCAAAACCUAGUCAACUGUUGGUCUACCUUAUUCACUUUUCUCUCUAUUUUCUUAUUGUAAAAUUCAAAGAU